AUUCGAGAAUCGAGAUCGAUGUAUCCGAGGCGCGAGAGCUGAGAGGAAGUUUAAUCGUCAGAUUGAUACAUUUUGAACGGAUUAACCCAAGCUAUAAACGUGUUCUAGUUUCAUCUGUGAUAUUACGAAGUCUCAGGUAUUCUUAUGUAUUCAUUGGAGUUUUCAUGAUGGCUGGCUGGGAACUAGCAAAUUCAAUGGUGCUCACCCCACAUUCUGACCCAAGGAGGUUAUCCUUUGAUCAUGAUGAGUUUAUAUCCAAGUAUACUACACAAUCCUUCCACUACCAUCCCACUAGUCCCAGGAACCCCCAUGGAUACACCCCGUCACCCCAAAGGCCUUCCAAUGGGGAGGGCUCUGGGGGCGGCCCCUCCUUCUGCACCAAAGAUAAUAUUGAUCAGUGUGUCAGCUAUCUGGACCAGGAAUUGACAGCACUUGGUUUCCCUCCUCUCUUCAUCAAGCCUUCAACUUCCAGUAAAGAUAGGAGUAAACCAGAACAGUUUGAUCUUGUUCAGCUUGUUAACUGUGCCUAUGAACUUAUACAGAGACAUCAAAGAAGUAUGAAGAAACAUGAAGAUUUAGAAACAAAGCAAAUGCGAACCAGUAGUGACUUGGAACACUUACAGACUAAUCACUCAAGAUUAAAAGAACAGCAUGAACAGAUACAAAGAGAGAAUAUAUCUCAAGGGGAGAGAGAAAGGCAGCUGACAUUACAACUCAAGAGCUCCCAGUCCAAGCUUAAAAGCCAGAAAGAUGAGAUGAGGAAACUUGAGGGAAUCUUAAAACACAGAGAUGUUCAAUUCAAGCAUGAUCUGAAGAAGAAGGAAAGAGAAGUAAAUAGAUUAAAAGAGCGUAUUCAUCAGUUACUAGUCGAUAAGAACCAGGAAAGAAGGAUAGGAAUGGAUAUACUCAAUUCAUUACAGAGGACAGAUGGUAAAAGAGGGACGUGGAAAACCGAUAAAAGUGGUAUCAAGCAUGAGGAAGACAUGUACCGAGUGAUCAUCACUAACUAUGAGGAGAGACAGAAGGAGGUGAUGAUGGAGAAUCAAGUCUUGAGAGAAUCUCUUAGCAACAUGCAACAAGAACUGGUUAAUCUACUCAACAGACAGGCAGGAGAAGGUGGAGGAGGAGUAGGAGGAGGAACCCCAAACAAUAGACAAGGGUACAUCUCCGACAGCGAGUACGGUGACACGAGAUCCAUCGACUCGUCCAUCAGUGAGCUAUCGACGGGUCACUUCCAGAUGCCGUUUGAGAUGGUCCGAGAGGGCAUCGAGACGAGUCUCCGCCAGAAGUGGCAGAAGCUCAGGGAUCACAUCCAGCAGAUUGAGAAGGAGAACAGGGAGAACCAGGAGGGUGGGGGAGGAGGGAGCAGUAAGGAUGGUACAGGGAGCACUGGAGAUGAAGGGAAGGGUGGAGGAGGAGGAGGUGGAGGCAGCUCCGGUCCUAAGGAUGCGGAGAUAGAGAACCUGAGGAGAAAGCUGGAGGCCUAUCACGAUAUCAUUGUACAACAGGAGCAGGUCUUACAGGCCGUACAAGAAACCGGUAUGGAUGGAGACUUUCUGGGGUUCAUCAGGGAAUCUACGUUGCUAGAUGAGAAGGAAAAUCUAGCCACCGAACAAAAUAGGUUGUAUGGCAUGAAACACAACUUUGAAAAGGAGCAGAGAAAUUUUACCGAUGCUGCGAUUCGAUUAGGCGAGGAGAGGAAGAAGUUUGAAGAAGAGAGGAGUGCAUUCCUCCAGGAGCAACUGAUGCUGACGCCAUUGUCUUCCCAUCAUGCACCUCUGCUUCGACCCCCAAGGUCAAUCAACAAAGCAACAAGCCCCAGCCUGAACCCUACCAGCCAACAGCCCCUUAACCAAUCCCCCUCACCCCCACACCACACCCCAUCGGGAUCUCAGAAGAGAGUCCAGACCCCUUCCACAGUGGAGCUCUACAGGGCUCUCAAGUUAUUACCAGAGGGAGGAAAAUACCUUAAUGUCUCGAGGGAAAGCAUUCAUUCGAUUGGAAGCCAGAGCCUUCUCUCGGAUUCAGAGCUGUCGUGCCACUCUGGUGUUUCGACUCCCCGCUCGUCCAAAGCGCCAUCCAUCAUCGCAGGGCGCCCUCUAUCGAGCCAAUCGGGACACAGCAGCCACGGCAGCACAGACAGCCUCAACAAGGUGGGCACCAAGUCAAGAAGGACUGAGGAACACAAACAUAACCUGAGAAAGACUAUGGCUCACAGGCAGCGAAGAGCAGACAAGGGGGCUCACAAGAAAUGAUGAUGGGUGCAGAACUCAACCACUAUCACCUUUCCUUUUACUGCUGUUCCUCCUGCCUCAGUUAUUCUGUUCUUGAGAAGUUGCUUAUGUUAGGAAUACCAAAAAUCAGCCUUACCAUAGUUGGUCACAAGAGACGUUUGGUUCGUAUCUCUGUUAUCUCCAACUUGACGAAGACAUUGCCUUGUCUUUAAAAUCUUUGAGAUGGUGCCUGAGUUAAAAACGACUGCUGCAGCAAUAGUGAACAUGCUGAAACAAGUGCCCUUAAGGUCUAGAAGAUGCCAUUACUUCAUUGUAGAAUUCAAACAAUUGUACCAUAUCCCUGCAUUCUAACUUUGCAAUGUGGAGGGAUUCCUUUAUGGAGAUGUUGGAUAUUUUUGAUAUGCCGGAUUAUACAUUGUAAGUAAAAUUGCAGUGUAUCACAGUGAAUGAAGUUAGCUGCCGGGUUGUUACCUUGUUCUUUGAUGAAUUAACUACCUGCUUUAAGAAUGAAGCAAGUUUUGUAUCAGGUGUCCUGUACUUGAGCUCAAGGGAAAACCCCUCAUCGAUUCAGCACCAAGUCCAAAGGCUCAUGCAUAGUCAUCAAGAGGCUGGCGCAGCAGUUUGUGAAACCAGAGGCAAGAAAGCGUAAGGAAUACAAACUUAAAGAAAUACCCUGCCGAUCCUGUAAUACUUAACAGGUUUAUCAUCGCAUCAGAUGACACGCAUUUUACCGAGUGACUUAACUUGAUAUUGGAUUAAAUAGCCGGUAAAAUGGUGAAGAAAACCUACUUAGUUCUGUGUUGAAUUGUUCAGCUAAAGUACUUAUAAGUACCUUACCCAUGUGCAAUGGAAAUACUAGCAUCUGACAUGCCUUCUAUGUAUAACUUUUCUUUUGUACUUGUUUUGUGGAUUGAUAGACUAAUUUGUAGUGACUUGAGCUUCCCUUAUAGAUUAUCAAAUAUUAGUUUUCUGUAAUGGUUUACUUGAUAUUAUUUAUCAUCUUGAUUCUUGACAAUCGCUAACAAGGUGUCACCUCACUUCAUUGUAAAGUGAGUAUAGUGAUUCGAAGAGUAUUUUUCAUAUGAGGUCGAUAGCAUCAGACUUUAUUAUUUCUGGAGAGAAUAACAAUGCUGUAAAGACCGCACUAGACAAAGAAACGAGAAAUACAAGAUAAAAAAAGUGGUGCAUGUUGGAAUUCCAUACUUUAUGUAAGAAUUUCAACAAAAAAUAAUUUUCAUGGAAAUAGGAUGUGUAAUUAUUAUGGACAGGGAGUUGCUGUUAAAGCAAGUUUGAUCUUUGAUAAUGCCACAUUUAUAUUUGAAUUUAUCUCCAUAUUUUUUUCAUCCAGAGUUAAGUGCUGAGAAGUCUUGAAAACAAGAAUUUAAAAUGGAAGUUAUUUUUGUAUUUGUUGUUUGUAUAAGUUGGUGAUUUGUAAUUUUGUCUUUCAUGUGAAAGCACAAUGUUCAGUUUAUCUGCUGCACAAUUUAUGUUGUGUGAAAUCCGGGCCACUUGACACAAAGUUUGGGAUUGAUCGUAGGGUAGAUUACUAACAAUUGAUCACAUUGAUCAUUGUGUACAAUAAAUCAUACAAAUCAAUCGUAUGAUCAAUCGCUAGGCUUUGUGUUACUGGCACCUGCUUGUUUUAUGCAAGAUUAAAAGCUAGUUUAUGAUUUAGUGCCUUUCCUGUCAAUUCAGGCCUGGUUUCAUGAAACUUGUUACUAAAUACAAAUGCUAGAAUUCAACAAAUGGUUAUGCCUUCAGUCAAUCAAAUGGCAUGAUUUCUGUAGCUGACAACAGAAGUUUAUUGUUUUCCAUCAUUUGAAAAAAUUGUCAUGAAAUAAAGGCAAUUUGUUUAAUUUUAUCAGAAUAAAUGUGUCAAUGAGAUUUUGGAGAUAAUUUAAUUGGUCUUAAAUUGUACGUUUAGAGAUUGAAAUCUAUUAAUGUUUGAAUAAAUAUGCCUUUUGCAGUGUGAAU